ACACGUGACCUCCCUGUUUUCCCCCAGUUAAACGCAUGUACUUAAAAGACGGCCACCACCAUUCACCAACACGGGCGCGAUUGGCUCGUUAUUAAUGUGGACGAGCUGAGAUCGCGGCUGCGGGGACUCGGAUCACGGGAGGUGGACCAUGGCGGCUGCCACGAGCAGCAACACAUCCACGGCCACGCUUCAGAUAAAGCACUCCAGCGUUGAGCAUACGCGGAAACGCAUAGACCCGAGGAGGAGGCAAGCGGCGCUGUCCUUUCUCAGCAACAUUUCUCUGGAUGGGCGACCCGUGCAAGACGAUGCAGACAAUCAGAACGAGGAGGAUAACUCGCUGGAAGCUCGGACUAGACACAGCCUGGUUUCCCCGGAGCGCUCUGCGUACGGAGCCGCCGGAGCUGCUGCUGCUGCGGCGGCGGCGGCGGCGACCACGGCCGCCCAGGCGCUCGCCUUUGCAAACCAGGCUCUCCUCGCCAGCAGUCGGGCCAGCCUCGGGACGGGUCCCGCAGCUGGCCCGGCGGGCUCAGACAUAGAGGGCGACGCUUUCAUGCCCUCGACGUUCAGCUCGCCUUUCUCCGCGGUGCCAGCCUCGACCAGAGGGAGGCUGCAGACGUACACUCAGGGAAUCCUACCUGCCCCCUACUCCAGGCAGUCCUCCCAGAACUACUGUCUGGAGGGCGGACAGAUAGAGCUGCAGAGGUCAAGACGAAGACUCAUCUCACAGCGCUCUUCGCUUGAAACUCUAGAGGACAUAGAAGAAAACGCUCCUCUGCGCAGAUGCCGAACCCUAUCGGGUUCACCCCGACCAAAGAGCUUCAAGAAGGUCCACUUCAUAAAGAACAUGAGGCAACACGAUAUGCGCAAUGGAAGGAUAGUCCUUAUCAGUGGCAGAAGAUCCUUCUAUAGUGUAUUUUCUGUCCUGCCCUAUCGAGAUUGUAGCCAAGCAGGGGAGGUAAAGCUGGAAGGAGGCCGCCAGCGGCAUCCGUCAGGAGGCGUGAGUGCCAAAGAGAUGGUGAUUGGGCUGGAGGGAGUGGAGCUGGGAGCUGAUGGAAAGACUGUGUCCUACACCCAGUUCCUGUAUCCCACUAAUGUGCUGGGUGGUCGGAGAAACACCAUCGACUCCACGUCGUCCUUCUCUCAGUCUCGUAAUGCGAGUCACCGCAGCCUCAGCCUGGGCCGGGCCAACAGCAACCAGAGCAGCUUAGAUACGGGGAAUGAUUUGGGGGACUUUCGCGAGUAUGACCCCAAUCUGCUGGAUGACCCACAGUGGCCUUGUGGAAAACACAAGAGAGUCCUCAUCUUCCCCUCCUACAUGGUGAGAAAACUCUGACACACAACCACCAGCAGCUGCAGCCUUGUCCUCUCCACAGCAGAAUGGAUAGGCUGUUUUCAUUCGGGACGAAAUUUACUGAAAGAGAUUCAUCUCUGUUUUGACGUGUUUUGUUGAAAUGUCCUGCGUUAUCUCAUUUCAGAGGUUAUUUUUCUACCAUAAUGCUUCUUUUAUACUCAGCUUUCCCACCACAGUCAACA